AUGCCUGAAUCCCUAGCCAAGUCUACCCCGCUCCGAGCGGGAGUCAUACUCUUCCCAGGCUUCCAAGCCCUGGACGUCUUCGGACCCCUGGACUGCUUGAAUGUCUUAUCACGUAACCACGACAUGACCUUAGCCAUUAUAUCCUCAACCCUUGAACCAGUGAGCACAGAGUCACCCGGGUUCCCCAAUGCGAUAAGCCAAAGUGUCGUCCCAACGCACACAUUCGCGACGGCACCAGCUUUGGACCUGCUCCUUGUCCCCGGUGGCCUCGGCACCCGCAGUACAAACCCAGUGAUUGAAGAAGCGAUUUCGUUCAUCCGCGACGUGUAUCCGCAGUUGAGUCAUCUGAUCACUGUAUGCACCGGUUCCGGGCUUGCCGCACGAGCUGGUGUUCUGGACGGAAAGCGUGCCACCUCUAACAAGUUGGUGUGGGCGGAGAUUACCGCAAUGAGCACCAGCGUGGAUUGGGUUCCUCAUGCGCGUUGGGUCGUCGAUGGCAAUGUUUGGACUUCUUCUGGUGUUAGUGCUGGCAUCGAUGUUACCCUUGCUUGGAUUGAGAAGACCUUUGGCAGUGAGGAGGCGAGCAGGAUUGCGAAUAGGAUUGAGUACAUUCGUCAUGAGGAUCCUAGUGAUGAUCCUUUUGCGAAGAUGUAUGGGUUGUAG